GCUGUUUACUGGUAUACUGUGGUUUACUGUUUGGUUUGUUGUAUGAAAAAUUUUCCAAAAAAAAGAUCAUUUAAUGUUAUAGAUGUUCGCUUUAAAAUACACGCGAUAUAUGAAUUUAUAAAUUGUUACUAAUAACGAACCAGCAACACUAAGUGUGUGCAUAGAAGCAAGCAAAGAGCGCUUUUAUUAUCAGCUUGUGCAUCGGCUUGGGCGUUUACUGCAAAAUGGAGCAACUUUCUGGUGUUAUGAUUAUCAUCAUAAUUGGUGGCGGCGUUCUCACCUUUGUGAUGCUAUUCAUCUUUGCAAAACGACAAAUUAUGCGUUUUACGCUGCGUAGUCGUCGCGGGCCGCAUGUGCCUAUAGGCAAUGAUGCAAAAAAGACGCUUCGAAGAGAGAUUGAGCGCCGCCUCGAUUGCAUUCAGAAAAUAGCGCAAGAGCCAAGGCUACUUUGGGAUGAUGACAAGUACAUUUUGCGUACGGAUCAACCGGUCCCACCCUACUAUUAUCGUAUGAAAGCUGUUGACGAUGUUAAAACUCUGGAAUCGGAAAUCAUGCGCAGCGAUGGUAGCAUGCGACAUCCGUAUGACAGUCUACGUGCUUUCUUGCUCACUACACUUGCCGCUACGACACUGAAUGGUUCGGGUCAACAACGUAUGAUACACCAAUUUUGUGAUAUGUAUGAGCAUGCACGGCAUGAUCCAAAUGACUUUGGCAGUGAGGAAUAUGAAUCAUAUCGUCGUUUGCUGCUAAAACUGAUAGAAGCCGCUAAGCAACUUAAAUCACUGGUCAGCUCCCGGAAAACAUCGCCGGCGCGCACACCCAAAAAACAAACUAAAAUGCAUUCACUUCUCGACCCAGCGCGUUUACGACCACCUGCUACGGCACCUAAGCUAGUAGCAAGUAGUGGCUUAACUGUUGGGCAGCAAUCUAAAGUAAAUUUAACCCUUGGACUACAAGGACGCAACAUGGAUCCUGUGGAUAUGCCUUCAAAUCCUUUACAUUUGCAACCGCCACCCGAGCGCGACAUCAUAAUACGCAAUCGCAUAAAAACACCUACUUUGGAUGACGACGAUGGUGAUGAAAACGACUUUAGAGGCGGCGGGCAUGAUAUCAAUGAUGUACGCAUUGAAGAUGUCGACGAGGAAGACAAUGAGGUGAUGAGUAUUUCCUGAACGCAAUUUCAACGCAAUUCAAGUGUUGUUUGAUUUUUUGAGUACGCGACGCAUGCGCGCCACAUGACCAGCGCUUUAAGACGCUUGCUACCGAAAUAAAAGGAAGUGAGUAAGAGGAAUGCAAAGUAGCGUUUACUAAGCGAAAGUAUCAAAGAAAAGCGAAAAUAUUUAAUUCGCGUCCUCUAUUUAAUCUUAAAAGCCAAAUUCAAAUGUCAACAGCUUAAAGUUUAUACAUAUAAAUAUAUAAAAUAAUUUCGGAUUUAAGUUAAGUUAUUAAGAAAUUGCGAGCCGAUUUUCAUUACUAAAUAAGCAUAUUAGCUAUAUUAUAUUAAACUUAGCGCAAUAUAAUUAAAUUAAUCAUAAAUAAAGCUACCAAAAACAAAAAUAUAUCUGUGUGUUAAUUUUGAAAAAACAUU